AGACUCCGCUCCACCCUCCCUCCAUUCUUCCCCAUUCUCCCGUUCAAAGAAAAAGAAAGAAAAAAAAUCCUGCCGCAGACCGGUCGGCGAGCGCGAUGGAGCUGGAGUUGGAAGCAGGAGACGGCGGGGCAACCAGAGUUAUUGCUCUCUCCAGCGAAUCCCCGGCGACCGACCUCGGCCGCGGCGACCUGGCCCUGGCACCAACGUCACCCACCUACCGCACCGUCCCGCGCCGCCACGUGUCACUCCGUCUCCUCGGCGGCAGGGAUCCCCGGGUCGCCUUCGAGGUCGUAGGCAGGAACCCUGUGGCUGUCCGCUCAGCGGUCGGCGGAGACAAGGUGUACCGCUGCGGCGAGGCGGGCGAGCUCCGGGAGGGGGACUUGCUGUCCCUGUCGCUGAAGGCGCCGUUGUUCUGGAAAGUGCGCAGGACAGGUGGGCAGGCGGCCGCGGCUGCGGAUGCGGAUCCGGAGGUGGAUACCGCAGUGCUGGACGCGGUGGCGAGGCGGGAGAAGCGGACACGGGAAAGGAAGGAGAGGGAGAGGGGAGCCGUCGAGGAGGCCAUGGAGGUGACCGAGGAGGAAGAGACGCCGGCUGCCGGUGACGAGGAGUUCAAUGCGGAACUGGAGGAUUCGAAAAUUGAUCUAGCAAGCAUCGAUCCGGUUCGAGAAUUCAGGUUUUUAUCAGUAGGCCAUGAAUUUGAUAAUUAUCCCAAGGGAAGGAUUCGACCUCCGAAGGAUUGGAAUUGGUUCCUGGAAGAAAUAAGUAAGAGCUGCAAUGAUGAAGAUGAUGACGAUAUUAUUAAGCCAGGGCGUAAAUCCAGGGGUAGUAGUAGCGGGAACAAGAAGAAAAAAGAAGGUGACGAUGAGGAGUGGACUGGUGAGAGUGAGGAUGACAAAGACUCCUUGCCGACAGGUCCUAGUUUGAAGAGACCAACAAAGUAUGUAACAAGAUCUAAAGACCCAAAAAAAUCUUGUAAGGAGAACUCAAAGGUUAAAACGGAAAAUGAUGAUGCUGCAGACGAAGAGGAUGAGAUGGAUGAAGAAGAUGAUGAAGACGAGACACUGGGAGGCUUCAUAGUCACCGAAGAGGAUGAGGCUAUGGAAGGGCUGAAUGACGAACAAGAGGAGGAGGAGGAAUUUGAUGAUGAAGACGACGAUGACUGAUAACGCUGUCAAGGAAGCUUUUGCGCCUUUCACGAGAAAAUGUAAUGUAACUGUUGGCACACUCCUUUUCUUCUGGAACUAUGUAAAUGUUUUGUGCUUUUUGUCGCUAGCUGAAAAAUGUUGUGAGGAUGCUUGUUCAGCUUAUGAUAUGUCCAUUUGCUUUC